AUGUCUGCAUCCAUCUAUCAACACUACACUGAAGCUCUUGCUGCUCGAAAGACCUCAAGCUCAACUCAAGAAGAGGAGCAAACCUCCAUUCUUGUUCCUAGAAAUUUCAUCCUACACAAUCUGCAACCAUCCCUCAUUGGCGAAAAGGAAAUUGUGUUUUACAAUGCUCAGGAUCCAACCUUCUACCAAAUGAAUCUCGAAAACCCUCAAUUCACCAUUUGGCUUCUCUGUCGAGAGGUAAAAUAUCUGUACUCUCAAAAGCGAUUAUUCGAAUGUGCAUGGCAUGCAAACAUCCAACUGAAAUUGAUGGAAAUUGGAAGAUUUGAAUUUGUGGUACUCAAAGGCUGUUCCAAGUUGUUGUAUGAUGGCGUUCCCGUUGAAAUUCCACAAGUAGUCAUUCCAAGAUUGGGCGCAAAGAUUAACUAUUAUGGACUGGCAGUUCUUCGUUUUCUAGAGGGACUUUCUGCAAAUAAGCCCCUCAUACUCAAUAAUUCUUCGUCGAUUGAAGUUUCAAGGGAUAAAUUCUUUACCAUGCAACGGUUAGCUGCCAAGAAUAUUCCAGUUCCACGUACCAUUGUUGCAAAAUUUCCUCUGGAUGUGCAAAAAAUUGAAGAAAACUUUACGUUUCCAUUAAUUCUCAAGAAAGUAUCAGGAUCUCAAGGAAAUGGUGUCUUGCUCAUUCAAGAUCAAGGUCAAUUAGUGGACAUUGCUGAACUUGUAGAUCCCAGUAAUCCAUUAUUAAUUCAAGAAUUCAUUAAGGAUUCUUCAGGAAAAGAUAUCCGAGUUAUCGUAGUUGGUGGAAGAGCUAUUGGAGCCAUGAAACGAAUCGCCACUAAGGGAUUUAAAUCAAAUUUCCAUCAGGGAGGAAAAGUCGAACAAGUACCGUUGACUCAGGAGCUGGAAUUGCUUGCAGUUGAGUGUGCUCUGGCAUGUGGAUUAGAUGUUGCGGGAGUGGAUAUUCUGUUUGAUGGAGACAAUUCAUAUAAAAUCUGUGAAGUGAAUUCUUCCCCUGGGUUUGAAGGAUUUGAAAUGGCUACCGGUGUUGAUGUGGCAAAGGAAAUCAUCAUGUAUUGCAAAAAUAACUGUUCACCAUUAUUGAACGUAUAA